UAUGGGCCAUGACUGCACUGCUGCCUAACGUGAGUCUUCCUGGGAGCGCAGCAGUUCUGCUUCAGGCUACAGACGGUCCUUUUAAUCUGACUACAGAUGGCAAGACAGGACUGGAAUCAAGCCAUUCGCUGGCCCCUUUCUGUACCCUUUGUUGCUGUGGAUUUCUCAAUCGCACCUUGGCAGUGUUAUUCAUGGUCAGCCUGGCAUUUGCCAUUGUGGUUGGAAAUGUGGUCACCGUUACUGUCUUUGUGCAAACCAGGCAAUCUCGUACACCACAGGGAUACUUAAAAGUGUCUCUGGCCAUAGCAGACAUGAUGGUCGGCGUCCUUGUGGUUCCUUUCUCUGUCUACACUGAGAUCUCUCUGAUGGUGACUAGCACUCCUCCCAUUUGGUACCAGGGUAGCUUAACUUCCCCAGCCACCUCCUCCUCUCUUGGGGGACUUGUAAGCCCUUGGCAGCCCUGCAUGCUGAUUGGCCCAGUGUUCGCUGGAUGCACCUUUGUCUCCAUUAGCACAAUCUUCCUCAUGACACUGGAGCGAAGUGUUGCCAUCCUAUGGCCACUUCACAAGGACGCCUUGGUGACCCGCAGGAGAACUCUGCUACUCAUACUGCUGUCCUGGGCUGCAAGCUUCUUGCUAGCUUUAGCUCCCCUUAUCUUCAGCAGUAAUUUCACUUUGGAGUACAAUGAGUGCAGUCGCAUGUGCAACUACACCCCAUUAAUGUUUGGAAGUCAGCUACCAUCUGAUGCCAAUAUUUUGCUUUUGUUCCCAGUGUUUGACUUCACACUGCUCGGUGGCACAUUAGCCAUCAAUAUUAUAUCUUUCACCAGCAUCCGGCAGUAUUCCCGAAAACGCAAACUGCUCUCGGAGGGAAGUCUGAGUGACGGAGGGGGAGGAGUGGGAAUGGGAGGGGGAGGAUGCCCUCACAGGCCUUCCUUUUCAGACAUCAAAGCUGCCAAGACAAUUGGCAUACUUACAUUCGCCUUCACAGCAUCUUUCACUCCCAUCGCAGUAUUUGUACUUGGGAACGUGGUGGGAUACACUUGGUGUAACUUUUCUUUUUUUGCCUUCUGGAUCCUGACAGGAAACAGUUGCUGUAAUGUAAUUAUCUACAGUGUCAGGGACCACCGCUUCAGGAAGGGUGUGACCCUGCUCUUUCAGCGAGACCAGUUGCCCCCACACGGCGAGAAGAACUGAGGGAUGCAUGAAUUAAAAAGGAACAAGCUUCUGUAUUGUGACUGUUUUCAGGAAAAUUUGUAUUUAAAGGACUACUUCUGUAUUUUGAGAAAUAUGCAUUUUUUUAUUUUCAUCAUUAUUAUGCAGUAGAUAUCGGUUGAGAUACUAAUAUGUAGCAGGAGCCAGGAGGUGGUUAGCAUGGGUAAGCAUCAAAAUGUGAAAUGUGGGGAAACAGCUAGCUUUGCUCUGACAAGAUCUAUCAAAAAUGUCCUACCAGCAGUUUAAUAGUUAUUCAUGUUCUUCGUUAUGUUACAACGUAUAAGGAAAAGAAGCAUUCUGUCAAAAAUAGUUUUUGUUUUUUUCAGAGGUUUUGUGCAUUAAUAUUUCUGUUGCAUUUGGGAUAUAUAUUAAUAUAUGCACUUGGGUUUUAGAACAGAUUAAACAAACAAAGUGUUACUUUUGACAGAUUUGGUUACCAUUGUAUACCGCCAAGCAAGGUAUUUACCCGUUUCCUAUUUCAUGCUAAGCAAAUUCUGUACUUGCUCUUCUUAUUUGAUAUGGGAGUGGUAUCAAUGCUCUCAUCAACCAAUCAUCAUGCAGAGGGAAUAAGUAUGAGUCUUCGACUGUCACACUAUUCUUUUCAAUUGAAAGUUAACAGUAUUAAAUAGGUUAAAAACAUGAAAUAAAAAAAUAAAAUAAUGUUAAAGGAUACCAUUUCCUUGUUACUGAGAAAACUACAUCGAAGCCAAUUGUAAAUGUUUUUGACCUCCACCAGCAUUUGUCUUUGAACAGAUAAAACAAAUCUACAACCAGAGAUGAGCACACAUCUGUUAAUCCGUUAAACGUUAAUUAUUGCCGUUACAUUUUCUAUUAAUUUUAAAAGCAGAAUGUUAAUUUGAAUUUUGAAUUGAGUCACUUGAAUUCACUUUUCAAACUCAAGUCAGCUGACCUCGUCUGCUCCUGACUUUUUGAAGGGACGAGACUGCAGACCCUGUUGUUAUCUUUUUAUUCAACUGACACAUCUGCACCAUAUGUAACUCCGGUGUUAUGGAGGGGAGAGAAAUAAAUUCCUGUUUUUACUCAGGCUCUCAUUGGCUGUAGUAGUAUAGGAACAGUGAAUGGAAGGUCCUGAU